AUGCUGGCUGAACCAUCCAUAUCGGUCCUUGGCUUGGACCCGACGCACCGGAACUGCGUCCUGAACGGCAACGCGUUUCAGCAAGAUGUUAUCCAAUCAUACAACGGGUGGCAGUAUGCAAGCUUCUACAGCUCUCUAUCGGUGGACUCCGCUCAAGAGCCGCUGUAUAUCCAUCUAUCACGUAGGAAACUUCCGGAGGGAAAGUGGGAGACUCUCAUCUUUGAGGAUUAUCCUCAGACAACAGAUGAUGGGCACAACACUAUACAGCUCGGUAUCUGUCCCGGAGACGGCACCAUCCAUCUUUCGUAUGACCACCACUGCGAUAGAAUAAGAUAUCGCUACUCCCAACCCGGCGUCGCCCACACCCCAGAAUCCUUCCUGUGGUCCGCCUCUCUUUUCACACCACACCUAUCGCAGCUCCCCGGUCUCGGGGAAGAACACGACGAGCUACUUAGCUAUGUCACAUACCCGCGCUUCGUACAACUGAACCGCAACCUACUCUUCUCGUUCCGCACUGGCAAGGCCGGUCUAGGCGACGACCACUUGGCUGUAUAUGGACCGCAGAAAGAUAGUUCCUAUGGGUACACGGUUCUAGGCACGAAUCUAAAAGGUAUCGAUAAUAACCCGUAUAUCCACGGCCUAGACAUACGCGCCGGCCGGCUACACGCGACGUGGGUAUACCGAGGUUUCGUGUGGUACGAGGGCUGGGACGACCCUCUAGAUAUCAAGCACAAGCAACAACGCGGACCGAAUUCCGCUGAGAAUAAUCAUAAUAUCUGCUAUGCGUACUCCGACGAUGGGGGCUGGUCGUGGCGGAACGGGGCGGGAGAGUUGAUUGCGGAUUUGGCGAAGGGCGAGAGUGUACAGCCUGAUGCACCGGGAAUCGUGGCGUUUGAGAUUCCUAAGGGCUCGGGGCUCUCGAAUCAGGAAGCGCAGGCUAUCGAUCAUGAGGGAGGGGUACAUGUGUUGAAUCGGGAUGCAGUAGAUGGUGAGCAGAAGUGGAAACAUUAUUAUCGAUCACCGAAAGGCGUCUGGACGCAACAUGCCCUCCCUCACGUCCAGGGCGUAAAAGGAGGCAAGAGAGGACAGCUAGCCGUGAGCAAAGAUGACGACUUGUAUCUUAUCUUACCGGACUACACGACGCCAGUAUUGACAGUCUUAAAGGCAUCUAAGGCAUCUAAUUACUCCGAAUACGAGCUCGUGUGGCGGGAGAACGGAUUCCCGCCGACGGAGCCCUUAGUUGACACUACGCGGCUAGAUUAUGACAACGUACUAUCGGUGUUCACACGAGCUACUAAUGGAGCAGAUAUAGAGUCGAGCCCACGAGUUGAUGUUGUGGUUAUUGAUUUUAAGUUAUAA